UGGGAGCGGAGGGCGCGCGGACAGCCUCGGGCUUGUGCGGUUUGCGGAAGUGAUUCUCUCUGGACAAAAACUCAUCGGACAUGAGCGGCGGGAUGUUCGAAACGGUGACUCUUGUUGACGGCGUGGCGACACCGACACGAAGCCGUCAUUAACAACAACGCCGGCCUCAACCACCUGGUGUGCUUUGGCUACAGCGUCGACAAAAAUCACCACAGCGCCGUUCAUCCUAGCAGCAGGUUUAACACUGCUGUGACCCACAACCUCCCCCACUGCCAGGGCACAGUCCUCCACUGAACACGGAAAACUGGGCAACACUUUAAGCCCAUGUUCUCUGAAAGAAUGUGCCAACAAUGGCCAUGCAGUCAAUGGUUCAGGAGCGGAUUGCUACUGCUCAGGAGCUGUUGGAGCGUGUGGAUCAGCUUUGCCAGCGACAGCCCCACAAUGUGGAGGGGAGGGCCAAGCUCUGCAGCAAACUCCGUGCAGAGCUCAAGUUCCUGACCAAAGUGGAGGCUGGGAAGGUGCUGAUCAAAGAGUCCCAUCUCCAGAGCACCAACCUCACCCAUCUCAAAGCAAUAGUGGAGUCUGCUGAGAGCUUGGAGGGAGUGGUUGGAGUGCUUAAUGUCUUUACUUAUCAGGAUGGUGCUGGGAUGAAGCAGUCUUUGGUGGUGGAUGUGGUAGCCAACAGAGGACAUACCUGGGUCAAGGCUAUUGGAAGAAAGGCAGAGGCCUUGCAUAACAUCUGGCAGGGCAGGGGCCAGUAUGGAGACAAGAGCAUCAUUAGACAAGCUGAGGACUUCAUUGAGGCCAGUUGCCAACAACCUGUCCAGUAUAGCAACCCCCAUAUAAUUUUUGCCUUCUACAAUGGAGUGUCCAGCCCCAUGGCUGACCACCUGAGAGAGAUGGGUAUCUCUGUGCGGGGGGACAUCGUAGCAGUGAACACUGUUCUGACAGAGGAAGGUGGAAGUGAGGAGGAAGGGGGUGGAAGUUGUGGAGAAGAGGAGCGAAAUGAUAUUGACGUCAACGAGGAAGAGGAGGAUGAUGAUGAUGAAGAGUCAGAACUGAGCCUUACCAGAGUGGACCGGGAUACGGUUGUUGCCAGCCUGGCCUUCCCAACCCAAGUCAAGGUGGAUGUGUGUAAAAGAGUGAACUUGGACAUCACCACCCUCAUCACAUACGUGUCAUCACUCAGUCAUGGCCGCCACCACUUCACCUUCAGAGAGCAGGUUCUGACUGAGCAAGCUGCCCAGGAGCGCCAGGAGAGGGUUCUGCCUCAGCUGGAGGAGUUCAUGAAAGAUAAGGAACUUUAUGCCUGCCACUCAGCUGUUAGUGACUUCCAGGUGAUUCUGGACACACUGGGUGGACCUGGAGAGAAAGCUCGUGCUGAAGAGCUCCUGGCUCGGGUGCAGGUGGUGGCAGACAAUCCUUCAGAGCGGACCCAGCGCCUCACCACCAGCUCCAAGGUCAACAGCCGCUCACUGAUGAUAUUUGGAACUGGUGACUCUCUGCAGGCGGUUACCAUGACAGCUAACAGUGGCUUUGUCAGGGCAGCAGCCAAUCAGGGUGUCCGAUAUAGCGUAUUUAUUCACCAGCCAAGAGCGCUGACAGAGGGCAAAGAGUGGAGAGCAAACCCCAUAUGAGAGAGACAGCGAAACAGGGUGAUCCACCGUUUAGUUUUUCUCAAGGUGCUGAUUAAUGACUUAAGAACAGGAAAGGGAUGAGAAUGGCUUUUUUUUUUAAGACCACUGAGAAUGUUUCUCUUCAGCUAUAAUUUUAUUUUAAAACUGGAAUAUGUGGCAUUUCUCAUUUCACAAAAUAAUUGAGGAUGGUUUGGUUUCUAUUUGUAGAGCUGAUAUUUUUGAUGUGUACAUGCUUUUGAGAGACCUCAGCAAAAUGCGUGUUUUUUUUCUUUUAACUUGGUCAAAAUGAGCUGAAAGAUGAGUCAUGUAUUCAAUGUAAAAUAAAACAUCAAUGACUAUUAUAUUUAAUUAUAAAUGGAUUUUGGCUGUUGAUUAAUCCGAA